AGCAAGUCCCAAGUAGUAGAGGAUAACAGAUGGAGAAGACGACGAAGGUGAAGAAAGGGUGGCUCACGGUUGAGGUCGGACGACCGGAUGAUGAUGACGGCGGACAAGGCUCUCAAAAGUUCCUCAUCCCCAUAUCUUACCUUUACCAUCCACUCUUUCAGCAGCUCCUGGACAAGUCUCAUGAAGUGUACGACUACGACACCAAGGGGCCUCUAAAGCUGCCGUGCUCCAUUGACGAAUUCCUUGAUAUCAGGAGGCGCGUAGACAAGGACUCCAUCUCCGAUCACCAUCACCAUCAUCCUCAUCCUCUCGCCCUGGCGUUUUACCCUUGCUAAAACAUUUCAUCUUCAAUAUUCUAUUCUUCUCACUUGUUUUUCCCCUUUCUUCGGUGAGGUGCAUAGUUUUCUCGUGUUUUCCAACUUGUUGUGACAUGUACAACAUUUUCUUUUUUUGUAACAAGA